AUGCCUAGCCGCCCACCGAAGAGCACAAGCAAUGCCUACGGAGGCGGGGAAGCCUUGAAAGGCCGGCUCGGCUCGCUCCACGUCAGCUCCCAGCAUAUUCCCGCAGCGAGCCUAUCCGCCGACAGAGGAGAAAUCACAGUCUGGCGGCUACUACUAUACCUGGCGAGCGCCACUUUGAUCGAAAACGCCACCCAGGACACGGCGUUCCAGAGUACGCCAACCUUCGCGGGCGCAGUACACCCGCGACAGUCCACGAACCCGAGGGACAUAUGCCACGGGCUCGCCGGCAUCAUGAAGGCCCUAAGGCGGCACAUCCCGCACCGCGUAUUCUGCUGGGCCCUGCCAUGCCACGUCUCCGACCGAGCUAUACUGUGGCGCCCCAGCCAGGGCCACGAGCUCGACAGGCGCCCCGAAAAUGACGGGCUACGCGAGGAGAAAACCUGCGCCAACGGCACACCGAUAGGGCCAUCCUCAAGCGUGACGGCAAGCGCGAGGCCGGGGCCUCAGUCUCGCGCUUGUUCACUUCUCGUCUUCCCAAACGUCGUGCCCGUCCUACUCCUCGCCCAAGCCGUAGUAGCGGGCCACGAUCUUGGCCGUUUCCCAGUCGAGCGUUGGGACGCCACGCGGGCGGCGACGGCCACCGCCUUCGUCAUCCACGGUAACGGGGCGGGGAGGCGGCGACGCCGGUCUCGGCUUGGGCCUCGGGGCAAGUCGCGGGCCUGGGUCGCGGCGGGCUUCGAGCACGUUCACGCCAUUGGCCACGUUACGCGGGGCGGGCACGGCCGGUGA